AUGUCAUCUCUUGGCUGUCUGUACACCUCAAAGCAUCCGCUGCCCUCUGGUUGUUUGGAAAUGGGGGGAGCAGCGGAGGCUGCAGACCCAUUUUCUUUUGUUUCUGCUGCUGCUGAGCUGUCUGCCGAUCCCAGCCGCACAGCAGGUUCUCCCUCUACUUCUCCUGCUGCUUCUCCUGCUUCUGCUCCUUCUGCCGCUGCUGCUUCUGGAGAGGAAUCCGCAUGCUUUCUCGAGCUCAGCGCUUUGAAGCCUGUACCCCCGUCAGCGUUUGCUCUACGACCUCACCAGAAGCGGCAAGAGAAGCAGCAGGAGCAGGAGCAGGGCAAGCAGGAGCAGCAGCAGCAGGAGCAGGGGCAGCAGCAGCAGCAGCAGGAGCAGCAGAGGUCCCAAGGUUCAGCGCUGUCUGCUGAGGGUGUGUUGGUGUUUGUUGUUUGUUAUUUUGCUUACACCGCUCUGUACUUUACCCGAAAGCCUUUUUCCGUUGUGAAGGAAGAACUAAGGCGAGAUUUGGGUCGGCUGCUGCUGCAGCCGUCUCUCGAGAAGACUGCUGCAUUCACGUCCCCCCGCUGCUCUUUGCUUGCCAGCAAAAAUGAAGGAGACAGUACACCUCAGGCAGCUGCGGCGGCAUCCAAAGUCGCACCUGCAGCAGCAACGCCUGCAGCAGCAGCAGCAGCAAAUCCAGCAGCAUCAAAUGCAGCAGCAGCAUAUGAGCAGUCAACUGAAGACGACAGCGCUUCGACUGCCACAGAGAGGCCUGAAGCAACUCUUUUGAGUUCCGCCUCGCAGAGCAGCACCAGCAGCAGCAGCAGCAGCAAAACUUCUCUCUUUCUCUUUGCCCCUGAGCCUUCUGUUGAACCAGCAGCAACAGCAGCAGCAACAACAGCAGCAGCAGCAGCAGAUGAGAGUGGAGUCUCUCACGAAGCUGCACGCGUCAGAGAUGAAGGAGUUUGGUUGCUGCGUGUAGAAGCCAAGCUCUCUGUUGCUGCUGCAGGCGUUGCUUCAGUUGCGUUCGAUGUAGGAGGAGCAGCAGGCGCUCUAAUAAGCGGCUUUCUCGGAGAUAAAUUGUUAAGGGGCCGUCGGCUGACGUUAGCAGCAGCUUUGUGUGUAGCUACCGCCUUCGCUUUGUGUUUGCUGCUGCUGUCUGCUAAGCAGCUGUCUUCUCUUCAAGCAGCGGAAGAAGAUCUCCAGCUGUACGAACAGCUCCGUCUGCUGCGGCUGAGACAAACGCUGCAGGAAAAGUGGAGCAACAGAAACUAUGAACAGCAGCAGCAGCAGCAGCAACAUCAGCAGCAGCCGCAGCAAUUGCAGCACGAGAGAACAAACGAAGAAAUACAAACGCAAAUACCCAUAAAACGUCUUAGUCAGCAGCAUGAAAACAACAACAGCACCAGCACCAGCAGCAGCAACAACAGCACCAGCAGCGGAGCAGUAGCAGCAGCCACUCACCCUCUGUCUCCGUUUAAAGGCAAUUUGUAUCAGCAGCAAACCCCACAAGAGCCGCCGGUCUUCCGUUUGACACAACAAGAUGAAAGGAGGAAACAGAAGCAGCAGCAGCAACAACAGCACCAGCAACAGGAGCAGCAGCAGCAGGAAAUGCAACAGCAGCAGCAGCAGCAGCAGCAGCAGGAGCGGCACCUGCGUCCGUCUUUGUUUUCUGUCCCUUCGUUGUUUGUCUUCGGCCCUCUUCCUAUUCCUUCUAUAAUUGACAGCAGCAAUAAACCCAAUGACGUCAAACAAAGAAGUCUAGGCGCCGAUGAUCCUGCUGCUGCUGCUGCUGCAGCAGAGGAUGCAGCAGCAGCAGCAGCACCAGCAACACCAGCAGCAGCCGCACCAGCAGCAGGAGAGGAGGAUCAUCAAGUGGAGACAUUGAGCGCUGAAGAUGUGGAGUUUGCUGAGGGUUUGCUGCAGCAGCAGCUCGAUGAUGAGGGAUUGCUGCGUGCAGAGAAAAAGGAGAGGGAAGCUGCGUUGCAGCAGCAGACGCAGCGUAUUUUGCUGCUGCUGCUGCUGUGUUUGCUGCUGGUGGGGCUGCUAAAUGCAGGCCCAGACGCAAUCCUAGGAGCAGCAGCAGCAAUCGAUAUUGUAGAAUUUUUUAAUGCUCCUCUAAUGCAAGCCACAGCUCUUGCUACGCUUAUUAAUGCAGUGGGGGCGGUUGGCGCCCUUCUUCAGCUGCAAUAA